AUGGACGACUUCGGCAGCACAUCCCCAGAGCGAGCUGAGAUUGUCCUUCGCAUUAUUCGCGCUAUCAGAGACGCGACAAGCAAAGAAUUCUGCAUCGGCAUCAAGCCGAGCAGCGUCGACGCAGCUUCGUCAGAGUCUGUCUCGGAUAUGAUUGACGAAAUCGGCGUGAUAGUCGAAUGCGGAUCGAUCCUACGAACAGCCUCGAAUGUUGGCUGA